AAAUAAGACGAGUGGUCAAAUGUUAUAAGUAAAAACUCAAAAUAUGGAACUAAGGAGUAUAUUCCAGGCAGGCAGCCAGCAGCAGUUGACCCUAGCGAUUUAUUGGCAUCCAUGUUCCGAUCCCUCCACCUCACGCAGCUCAUGCAUUCUCGCUGACCAUCCUUCCCGCCGGUGCGCGCCACUGCACUCUCGCCGUCGAGCGAUAAUGGGGAGCUGCGUGAGCAAGAAGGCCGCCUCCGCACGCGCCGGCGCCGUGGCCGAUAAGGAGGCGGCGGCGCCGCUCCCGCCUGAGAAGGAGGUCGUCGCUCUGCCGCCGCCCGUGGUGGUGGAGGAGGAGGAGGUGAAAGAGGUGCUGUCCGAGACGGCCGUGCCCGUGUCGCGGCCCAGGCCGCCGCCGGAGCCGGAGAAGGAGGUGGUGAAGCGGAAGGAGGAGGAGGAGGAGGAAGUUUCGGAGAGCGCGUCGGUGGCGUCGGCCACGGCGGAGAAGGCCAAGGCGAAGGGAGGGGGUGAGGGUGAGCAGGAGGUGGAGAAGAAGGCGAUUGGCGGGAUGGAGAAGGGGAGGGCGAGGAGGAGGACGCCGGAGCAGAGGAGGCCCAAGGAGGCUGCAGGCAACGGGAGGGCGAGGUCGCCGUCGCCCGCGUCGGCGCAGAGGAGGUAUGGCGGCGGCGAACACCUGGCGCCGCCGACGCGGCCACGGCGGGAGCAGCCCGCGGUGGUGUCCGGCAUCGGGUGCCGAAGCGGCAGGUUCUCUCCGUCCGCGGCGAGGAGGGCCGCCGAGAGCGCCGUCAGGCGAACCAACUCCGCCAGGGAGGCCGACAUGAUGCUGCCGCAUUCUUCCCGGACGCCGGCAGCCGCCAAGCGGUCCCUCAACGGCAAUGGCGGCGCCUACGGAGGAGGCGCAGCCAAACGGGACCCCGGCGAGCGAUCCGGGCGGCGGCCGGACUCCCCAACAUCCAAGCACAUCCCGCCCGCCUCGCCGGCAGCGAACGGCGCCAUCUCCCGGCAGCAGAGCCUCAACGGCGGCGCCACGCGCAAGACCGCGAAGGACGACACCACCCUCGAGCAAACCAAGCCGCAAUGCCACGGCGGCGGCGGCGGUGGCCGGUCACCGGAAGAGGGAAGAGACGGCUCCGACGAGUCGGCAUUGGAGGAGGAAGGGCACGAGCAAGAGAAGCAGACGGCGGAGGGCGGCGCGCUGGGACCGAUCAACCCCUCGGUGGCCAUGGAGUGCUUCAUCUUCCUGUAGCCGCCCACCAUUUCCGAUGUCCAAUGUUCUCUUGCUCUCUCAGUUAGCGUCUCGCUAACCUUGCUCUGUAAUUCGUGGCAAUUAUUGCCGUACCAUAGAUUGGAUGAUUGGAAUGGAAGGUAGCCAUUGUGUGUCACUUUGUUUAACAUUCAUCCCCCUCUGAA